AUGACGACCCUAGAGGCUCCCAUAGGAGCCAAAGUACAGGUAGCAGCUGGCGUAGGAUAUGUCAGAUGGACAGGCUCCAAUCCUGGUUUUGCAGCCGGGAAAUGGGUCGGUGUGGAAUUAAUCGAAGCUGGAGGAAAGAAUGAUGGUUCAGUCAAAGGUGAAAGGUAUUUUGACUGUCAACCUAAUCAUGGUGUUUUCGUCAGACCAAGUCAAGUGAAGAUACUUGAAUUACCAAACCGAAGCGUGCCUUCGACUCCUCGAUCUUCUACAUCAAGAACUCCAGCUACCCCAGCGGUAUCUCGACCACCUCCUACUCCUACGUCCCGACUGUCCUCCGCAGGACCCUCUAGAGCUUCAUCACCUCAAAAACCAUCCCUUAGAUCAUCGACCGCAACGCCCGCCACACCUCCUCGAGCAGUCUCACAACCAACUGCUACACCUGGCCAACCACCUAUAAGUCGGAGAAUAUCAUCCGUCACUACUCCAGCUUCUACUAGCGGUAGGACCAGUGUUACUGGAGGUACAUUCAGGCGACCACCCUCAGUAGUUGAAAGAGCAUCGACCUCAUUAGCAUCUCAGAAUGAAUCGCAAGAGCAGACAGAUGACGUACCAAAACGGACGGGCAACAUGUCUCCUCCCCCUCGCCCUCCUGCUGCUCGUCAAGCAAUUUCGCCCCCACCAACAAUAGCCGGUAAAAGAGUGGUAUCUCCUACACCCAGCUUGACAGGUAUAUCACCCCGACCUAUACCGACAAGAUCAAUCUCAUCAACCUUAUCACCUGCGUUCGAAUUUGAAACUCCUUCUACUGCAAGCCAGCAGAACCAAGCACCAUCAUCUGGUGAACUUCCCGACAAGGAUAUUACAUUUACCCAGAAGAGGGAAUUAGAAGAACUAAGAAUUAAAAUUAGGAUAUUGGAAAAUAGGAGACAUGAGGAUCAGGAGAAGAUCAAACUCUUGGAAGGCAGGGUAGGAGAAGCUGAUACGCUGCGAGCUGCUAGAGUGAAACUACAAGCGAAAUUUCAAGAAAUACAAUCAUCUUUAAUUACUGCUCAGAAGACUUCCAAGAAUUUGCAGUCGGAGAAUAAUAUGCUGGAAUUGAAAGCUGCAGAAGCUAUGGAUCAGCUAGAAAUGGCUGCAUUGGAUAGAGAGGUGGCGGAAGAAAAAGCUGAGAGCGCAGAGUUGGAAAAGGAGAAAUUAAACGAGAGAGUACAGGAAUUGGAACUGGAAGUGGCUGUGCUAAAAGAGGAGAAUGCGGAAUACGAAAAACCUGUAUCUGGCUUGGAAGGUGAAAGAACGAGUUUGGCAUUUGUCCAGCUGGAGAAGCAUAAUGAGAGAUUGAAGGAGGCUCUGAUAAGACUUCGUGACGUCUCUGCUGAAGCUGAGAGGGAACAUAAGAGCGCAGUUGCGGAGUUGGAAAGAGAGCUGACCUCUCAGGAAGAUUUGCUUGGUCAAUUGGAAUUAGCAGAAGCUAAAUUGUCUAAUGCCGAAGCUCAAGUAGAAGAUCUGAAACUUCAGCUUGAUGAUGCCUUGGGAGCGGAGGAUAUGCUCGAGCAGUUGACCGAAAGGAAUUUGCAGAUGGGAGAACGAAUUGAAGAGAUGCGGGUGACCAUAGAAGACCUUGAAGCUCUGAAAGAGCUGAAUGACGAACUCGAGGAGAACCACGUAGAAGCGGAGAAAGCUCUUAACCAGGAGAUCGAAACUCUCACUGUUCAACUGCGAGAUGAGCAAUCACGAGCUACAGAUCUUGAAAAUGCCGUUCUGGACAUGGAAGCUACCAUCAAUCAGUUCCGAGAUCUGGUAUCAAGCUUACAGAGCGAAAUCGAUACACUUCGGAUGCAACAAGCGACAGUCGAAUCUGAGACCGCGUCAACAUCCAAAGAAGCUCAAGCCCUCAUGAACCUCAAUUUGAAGUUGCAGUCUACAGCGGUGAAAGCGCAAUCCAAGACUGUCGAUCUAGAAUUGAAGAAACUGGAAGCUGUACAACUUGCAGAACAUCUGCGAAUCGUUACAUCUUAUCUACCAGAUGCGUAUAACGAUACUGAGAUUGAUUCCACUACGAUAUACCUGUUCUUCAACAGAAUAUCAUCAAAGGUUGAUAUGUUAAUUUCGAUAAUAUCUCAAAUACACGGUUUACCCAAUUCACUCCACAAUGCUACGUCCGAGACGUUGGUAGGUGUGUGCGAGCUGAAAGGGAAAUUAAGACAUUUCAGCGGACUGAACAAAAGAUUCUACGGGGUGAUCAAGAGAUGUUCACCUGAAGAUUGGUUGGUAUUUGGUAAACUCCUCAGUGAACUGGGAGGAGUAGAAAGUAGAGUAGAUGGCUGGUUGAACAAUGUGAAGAAUGACGAGUUCAAUGAAAGUGAUUGUGCGAGAGAAUUAUCAAGUUUGAUAGCUCAGUUUGAUCAUUUAUCUGAAACGUCCUUCAAAAGACCUCAAUUGAGUGUUGGUGAAGCACAAUUGGCAUUGGCGUGGAAUUUUGAUUCGGAUUUGGACAAUUUCGCGGCUGCUGUUGGGUUUGCUAGACAGGCUAUCUUAGGAUUGACAAAAGAGGAUGAUAUCGAGAUUGACGAAGGGGAGUCGUCGCUUGAAGAAGGUGUUUACGAGCCUGUACAGCGAAUUUUGGAUUUGGUGAGAAGUGUUAAAGUACCUUCGGGUAAACUCGUUGCCCCAGUUGAAGAUAUUGUAGCUUCAUCUUCAGCACUGUUACCUGAACUUACGCUAGCACUAGGAGAUCUAGCCAAUAGCGUCUCAAACGCUGUAGAUCUAGCGGUUCAGCUCGCUCAAAGAAUAGGAGCACAUGUCGCUUCCCUUAGAUCCAGCAAACAACCUUUACGAUUGGUCGAUAUUGAGAAUUUCCUGAUCGAAAUCACAGCUGAAUCUUCAGCUUCGUCAGAUGCCCACCCUUGGGAGUUGAUCGCGAUGUUCGUGGCUAGAUUAGGUAAUGAAUUGGGUAACGUACUUCCGAGAGUGAAAGAAGCUGUUAAAACUGGACAUUUGGUAUCCAUGGACGUACCCCCACCUUGGUUGGCUAGAGUAGCGACUAUCAAAGAAGCUGCUUCGUUCAAUGUGGACACGGAAAGGAAGGUUGUAGCGUUAUCCGAGGAAUUGAAAGAUAUGUUGAGGGAGAUUAAGAUCAGGGAUCAAAAUCUGCAAGAAGCAGGUGUCAAGGUUGAAACCCUUGAGAGACGUCUGGAAGCGUCCAGGAAACAGGCCGAUACGAUUAUUGAGCUCGAGAACGACGUUGCAAAAGCCAAGAAGCAAGAAAAGGUAUAUGAAGAUGCCAUUGAACAGCUACAGGCUGAGCAAGAUGCAUUGGAAGCUGAGAAUGCAAGGUUGAGAAAGAGCCAGGGACAAGGUCAGGCGGAUAGACAAGGAAACAACAUCACUUCGACGCCUGGAGGUACGACCAUCGAACCAAUCAAUCUCGGCGGCGCCAUCGGUAGUGGAUCUGGAUCUGGAUUUGGGUUCGGUCCGGAAUCAUCUCUUCAGUCUAACGAGUUAAUCGAGAAUUUGAGGAGUACAAUCCGAUUCUUGCGACAUGAAAAUGCUUUAUUGAAAUCGAAAGAGUUCUAUAACGAUUUAUAUACUUUACCGCCAUUGAAGUAUACUUCUUUAUCUACUCCCUCUUGUUCUAUGCUUCCUGAAUUGGUCAGAUCGAAAUCAAAAUCACCUGAAUCGCCUUUGGCUAAUAGUAGUAGUGGAAGUGAUGAUGAGGAUUGGGAAAUACCAAUUACACCUACCGAUAAAUCAAUAUUGAAAAAUACUUUACAAGUUGAAAGUAAAUUGUUUUACGACAAAUUAAUAGAUUUCCAAACUACUCCUAAAAUCGUGGAUAUAUCUAAAUUAGGUUUCACUACCGCCAGUACCACUGGUUCAGAGCAGGUUAAAUAUUGGAGAAGAAGAAGAGAAGAACCUGAACAACAGAUUGUAGAUUGGAAAUUGAAAGAAAGAAAGUUGCAGAAGAGGUUGGAAGAUUUGAAAGUGAGAUUUAAUGGGUUGAGUAAUAGUACUAUCAACAGUACCGGUGCUAUUCGAAGAUGA